AUGACAAUUUCCAAUAAUAACCCUACUGACAAUCAUGUGCGACAGCAAGACCCGCUGCCAUCCAUAGCAAGCAUUCAUCGCAAUGGAUUUGGUGUUGGAGGGCACAAUCACACCAUGUUGGACAGUAAUAGCACGAAAUCAAAUCAUCAUCAUCACAGUCGAUUGCUGUAUUUCCUGACAGAUCCCUCUUCCUUUUCAAGGUUCAAUUAUACACAAUUCCAAUCAUCACAGCCCCUAAUAAUACCAACCUCAUCCACAGCCAUCAUGCCUGCUGCUGCUGCUGCUGCUGCUGCUGUUGCCUCACCUAUUACACCUAGACUCAAUAUUACUACCAACACACUGAAUCAUAUCAUCUCCAAACCAACAAAUACGCUGCCCAUCUUACCUCCACCACAGCCAACAACACAACCCAUUGCUGUAGCAGCAGUAAAUGAUUGUUGCAACGAAUGCUGUCCUGUCAUUGCUGCGGAGGCAAAUGCAGCAGCAAACGACUUGUCAGAUCAGAAUAUCACUCUACCUUCUAUCAAGAAACGAAAGAGAGAUGAGCAACAGCAGCGUGUGAAUAACAGCGCACCUACCGAUACCAACUACACUGACACUAGCAACAAGAGAGCCAAGACACCCACACAAUGCAAAUGGUCCAGCUGUGCAGCGAGCUUCGAUACAUUGGAAGACUUGACACCCCAUCUCUUCAACAACCAUCUCAACAAGCAGCCUUUGAAAGAUUGCUGCUGGGAAUCCUGCAGCCAGCAGUUCUUGGACGGCGAGACAAAUAUCUUGGAUCAUCUCAGUAGUCAGCAUUUGCACAACGCUUUGUUAUUGCACGCCUGUCGAUGGAUCAACUGUCAAGAACGAUUCUCAGCUUUUGAUACACUCACCAUUCAUCUUUCGCAGGUGCAUGUGGGUUCUGGCAAAAGCGAAUACAAAUGCGAAUGGGUUGCCUGCGAGAGAAACGGCAAGAUAUUCACGCAGAGACAAAAGAUCAUGCGCCACAUCCAAACACACACAGGAGCCAAACCCUAUCAAUGCGAUACCUGCAAAAGACGGUUUUCAGAGUCUAAUAUGGUUGUCCAGCACAUGAGAACACACACAGGAGAGAGGCCCUAUCAAUGCGAUCAGUGCCAAAAGAACUUUUCGGUCUCUGCGGCCUUGACGAUCCACAAACGAGUGCACACAGGCGAGAAGCCUUUUGCUUGCAAAUACCCGGAUUGCUCCAAACGGUUUUCAGAGAGUAGUAAUUUGACCAAACAUGUAAUGUAUAUACAUUGA